AUGCCAAGUAUUUCAGUCUUGUGCGCGGGCGUUCUUACCCUCGUAUCGUGUUUCUAUCUCUUCACAUGGACAUUGAAAGAAAUCCGCUACCGAGCCGCCGCUCGCAAAGCGGGCUGCUCUCCACCAGUUCGAUACUGGCAUUACGACCCAAUCCUCGGCCUCGAUCUAUUCAUCCAGAGGGUAAAAGACAUGAAUGCAGGUGAUUCCAUCGCAACAGAUCGAAACAUUGUGAAGAAGUACGGCAGGACAGUCUUGACUAAUGCUUGGGGAAUCAAACAAUACGUCACAUCUGACCCGGCCAACACGCAGACCGUCCUUGCAACACAGGUUGACAAGUUUGGUUCUGCACCCAUGAAUAGACCUAUGUGUCGACCGUUCCUGGGAGAUGGGCUGUUUACUACAGAUGGUCAGGAGUGGAAGCACUCUCGUCAGAUGAUUAACCCGUUGUUUACACGAUCGCAAGUUUCAGAGCUGUCAUCCUUUGAGAAGCAUCUUGAUAAGAUGAUUGCCAAAAUUCCUAAGGAUGAAUCUACGGUUGAUCUGCAACCACUUUGCAAGAUGCUCUUCCUUGACAGCUCCACGGAGUUCAUCUUCGGAAAGUCGGCCGACUCUCUCUCGCCAGAAACACAUGAUCCUAUCGCUAGAGAACUACCGGCUCUUUUUGACCAGGCUCUUACCGACAUGUUUGCUCGUUACAUCCUUGGCAGAUUCGGGUUCCUGGCUGUCUCUAAGAAGAAGUGGUUGGGCACCUGCGCGAAUGUCCACAGAGUAAUCGACGGUUUUAUUGACGAAGAGAUUGAAGCCCAAGCCAAGUCUGGGAAUACCGAUGCGCCGUACAAGUACGUCUUACUGAGAAAGUUAGUCAAGACAUCCAAGGACAAGACAGCCAUCCGCAGCGAACUGAUGAAUAUCUUCUUCCCGGCCCGUGAUACCGCUGCGAUCCUCACCAGUAGUGUUUUUUUCAUGCUCGCUCGAAACCCUAAAGUGUGGGACAAACUCCGCGCAGAAGUCCUGGGUAUCGGAUCAGAAGAGUUGACCUUUGAAUUACUCAAGUCGAUGAAAUACCUCCAAGCGGUGAUGAGCGAAAGUGAGUGUCAAUUCCCCCCAAACUUGCAUAUUUAUAGACCAAAUCCUUACAAACACGCAUUACAGCGCUACGAAUCCACUCCCCAGCAAGCGGAAGCUGGAAGAUAUGUCUAGCACCUAGUAUCCUUCCCCACGGCGGUGGACCUUCCGGAAACGAUGCCAUACUUUUGGAAACUGGUGACCAGGUACGCAUGUCCUUUGCUCCCUUACAUUUGGACAAGGAGAUCUGGGGUGCCGACAUCCUCGAGUUCCGACCAGAGAGAUGA